AAAAUUCUGUUCAUUAAUUUGACUUGUUCUUAAGACAAAACUGAUAUGUAGUUCUGCAUGUGCUUUUGAUGUUAUUAUCCGAUCAAAAUUGAAAUUUUACAGUAGCCUUAAACACCAAAAAUACUUACAAAAUUGCAUCUAAGUUUUGUUCUGGUUCUUAUUAAUUGGAGUGAGUUAGUAUUAGACAGUAAUAGUGAUUUUGUUGGUAAUAUUGAUGAUUCAAAUUUGAAAUGAAAUUCAUUUUAGGCUGUGGAUUGGCUGGUGAAGAUUUGGCCAUUAAAGACAAUAGGACCAUGCUUGCCAUCUAUGUAUUUGGACAAAAGACUGCAAGAUGACAAGGACUAUGGUGUUAACAUGUAUAACCCAAACUCAGAAGCAUGCAUCAAGUGGCUUGAUGAUAAACCAAAAGGGUCAGUUGUGUAUGUCUCUUUUGGGAGCAUGGCAGAGCUUAGUGAGGAGCAAACUGAGGAACUAGCUUGGGGUUUGAGAGAUGGUGGAAAUUAUUUCAUAUGGGUGAUUAGAGAUUCUGAGCAGGGUAAGCUUCCAAAGGACUUUGUUGGCACAUCAGAGAAGGGUUUAAUAGUCGCAUGGUGUCCUCAACUACAAGUCUUGAUACAUGAGGCUUUGGGGUGUUUUCUCACACACUGUGGUUGGAACUCUACAUUGGAAGCUUUGAGCUUAGGAGUUCCACUAAUUGCAAUGCCACUGUGGACAGACCAGAUCACAAAUGCAAAGCUUGUAAGGGAUGUGUGGAAAAUUGGAGUCAAAGCUGUUGCUGAUGAGAAAGAGAUAGUUAGAAGAGAAACAAUCACACAUUGCAUAAAGGAAAUAUUGGAGACUGAAAAGGGAAAUGAAAUAAAGAAAAACUCCAUCAAAUGGAAGAAUUUGGCCAAGAAUUAUGUUGACGAGGGAGGAAAUUCUGAUAAAAGUACAACAGAAUUUGUAACUGAACUGGCUCAUCGCUGUGCUGCAUCAAAAUGAUGGCGGAGAAUGCUCUGAUAAUAUAUAAAAGUUGUGUGCCGCUGCCAAAUUUCGCUAUGCUAAUUCUGCUAAGAAUAGUUAUUGUUGGCAUCUUUAUGUAGUAACGAGAAAACAAGGUUGCCAACUUAAAUUAGUGUGUUCGAAUUCCGGUUAAAAACUUACAAAAUUAGUGUGUUCGAUUUCCGGUAUGUCUUUUAGAACAUCGUUUGUUCUAGCAUAUAUUUCUGUAGUAAAUUAUGCAUGUUGAUUUGCUCAAUCAUAAUAAGAGUUUAUUUUUUUCUUGUGCUCUA